CUUGCAUGACGCGUCAGCGCCAUCUACUUCCCUUUAAAAACGUGAGCUUCGCUUGUCGCCUGAAAGUUUCGUAAGCAAUAACUACAAAUUAAUCAUAGAGAUAUAAAAUUACCAGCUUUUGGUAAGAUCGAAAUCUGGAUUUUAGAGAGGAUAGGCAGCCCACCGAAACCAGGGUCCACGGCCCUAGUGUCAUGAGUGGUUUAAUAAUAGCAGGGUUGGGUAUAGCAGCCCUAGGCAUUGCAGGUCGCUAUGCAGCAAAACAUGGCAAAGUUGCAGGAGAAAUGCUAAAAAAACAAAUUGAUGCCCUUCCUACUGCUGCAGGAAGCAAAUACUACAGGGGAGGCUUUGAUGCCAAGAUGACAAAGAGGGAAGCCUCUCUCAUUCUAGGAGUCAGUCCACAAGCCAGUAAAGCCAAAAUUAAGGAUGCUCACAAAAAGAUAAUGAUAGCAAAUCACCCAGACAGAGGUGGCUCCCCCUAUCUGGCAGCAAAAAUAAACGAAGCCAAAGACUUGUUAGAUGCCCACAAAUAGGGAAAGAUCUUCAGACACCACAUCAUCAUCAGUCUCAUCAUCAUAUCAGGAGUGUUCAGUAUUCAUUUCAUGUGAUUUCAGUGUAAAAAGCUUACAGAACUGGGACAAAGAGUAUGUUAUUUCAUAAAAAUUGAGAUGUUGCCUGGUUCAGAAUUGGCAAAAGUUAUGCAUUCGUGGAUUUGAAUGAAAGACAUGGGCGCACACUGCACACAAACAGCUCCAGUUUAUUUAUUUGUUUAUUUCUCAAAUAUAAAGUAAAUUUAGUGAUGCUGUAGCAGCUAAAUGUGAAUCAGAAAGGAUUUGAACCAGGAGGAAGUUCACAGUAUCCAAGACGUGGCUGUGUAAGAACUAAUUUUUGAUCUACUCAGAGGGUGCACACUGCACAGGUUCAGAAAAUUCAGAAACUUUGUAAGGAAAAGAAUAAGGUUGGUUUUUCUGUGCAACCUUGUAUUUUUAUUUAUUCAUUUUUGUGGUCUGAUGUGUCUCUGGCUUUCAAUAUUGUGACCUCUGUUCAUCUUAGAAUUAGAUAUUUUACUUCUUGAUAAAAAUUGAAAGCAGGUUUUCAAGGCAGUUAUUUGGUACGAAUUGUAUUUCAAUGCUGUUCAAAUCUGAGCUUGAAUAUUUUUCCUUGCAGAAUAGAGGAUUUAUUUGUCAAGUAAAAAGAAAAAAAAA